UUGGCAACCCACUUUAUACGUUCUUUAUUUAAGAUUUAUAGCAUUAUCUGGGAUAACUUUUAUUUAUACUAUACUAUAUCAAACACACUCGAGAUGGCGGAUUCUGAAAGGCAGCAAGAGGCCAAUGAAUUCGCUCGCGAAGCUGAUACCAUUCUCAUUAUACGAUGGGCAAUCUUUGCAGGUAUUGCUCUGAUUCUUCUGAUCUGGUUUCUUGCGGGUUUCUUGCAUGCUCGAGUACGGAUGAGAAAGGGCCUUCCUCCACUCGCUUAUCACAGAUGGUUCUAUCCGCGCGACCAGCGUACUUAUACGGCUACCAAUGUUGGCUAUGCCCAAAUGCCUUAUGGGGCACAACCACCAGCAUAUAACUACGGGAGUGCACCCCAACUAGCGCCAGAAAAGACAGAAGCGUGGCAGAACCAGCAGUACACAAGAGAUACCUUCGGUGCGAGUCCUACUGCCGAAGCAGGAGCCGCGCCUGUGCUACCCCCAUCAGCCUAUAUACCCAGGGCAGCACCCCAGAUUUAGAGACCAUGGAGAUGUGGCCACUUCCUUUCGAGGAGAUAAUGAGCACUCCUCGAAAGUGACUUGCAAUGUCCAGGUUGUGCUGGACACAACUCUCAGCCUAUCAUUAAUGAAAUUACCUAUAAAGACGUCUGGCCCAGUGAUAUCUCACUUCUAAUCGAUAUCCAUCGUCUCGGUUGGAUCUCGAGGCACAUCCGCUGCAGUGCCAGAGGAGCCGUUCGGAGCAUCGGUUGCCAAGUUGCGCUGGAUCUCCGGAUGAUUCCUUCUUUGUAUCUCAGCUUGCUUUUCUCUAGCUCUUGCUCUGGAUUCAAUAAUAGCCUUUCGAACGCUGUCCUGUUCCUUGGGAACGGUCAAUGACGUCGGUACUUGGUAGACCACAAGCUCAUUAUUUCGCGGCUUCGAAUCUGCGAGUAAGGCCUUUGGUACUGAAACCAGUCGCUUCUC